AUGUGGGGGAAAGCCCUAGAGAAGGGCAACCAGAUGAUGGAGAACUUUCCGAAGCCAGUGGAGGAGUUGGACCAGUUUUGUUGGCCGCCGAACCCCGUAACGGGGGAAGAGAAAAGGUCGCAGAGCCAGAACGUCGAGAUCGCGGACUUGUCGCAGUGGGGAUGGGUGAUGGAGGAGUACCCCAGCUGGUUCAUCGAUGUUGGCGAGAUGGAUGAGAACUUUGACGGGUUGGGCAUCGACGUGUACAUUCCGGAUGGCAACGAGGCGGGCGAGGCUGCGUAUUUUGGCUGGUACGCAGGGGAGACGACUCAAAUAGGGGGAUUGGAUUUGGGUUUGAGAACGACUAUAUGGAGCGUACAAAGGGCACGUUGCAAGCAUCCUACAACGUCAAGACAGGGCCGAUCUACGUGCGAGCGUUCACCAGUCCCACAACCAAGGCAUAGGAGGAAGAAGGCAAGGACAAUCACGCAUACACGCCGCUCCGAUUCAUGUCCGAUACACAGUAUCUCACGUGGACUGUGGUGGGCCAACAAGCUCCCGCCGACGGACAAACUUGGAACCGACUGGUAUGGACCAUCCAAGUCUACGCCUCGAACAAGAUCAGUGCCGAAAUCGCCUGCAAGUGCACGAGCAUGUUCGGAGAAUAUGAGGCCGAUCCACUGUGGCCGGGCGAGAUAUUUAGUAUCUCCGACACGACAGAGAGGGGGGGAUGCUUCAGAGGAUUGUUAUGUUCUCCGAAUGGCCUUCUGAUAGGGUAUUUGAUCAUUCGGCAUAAGAAUGAUCUUUCGCUCUGAGAAGUAGACAGUAUAAGGAUCGUGGAGCGGAAUUGGAUCUUUCAUAUUCGCUGGCUGGGGAGAGAG